AUGUCUCGACGAAUUUUCGACCUCACCAAGCUGGACACCAAAUGGACGACCAGGUGGAAGAAGCAGGGCUGCUCGCUGAACCCACGCAGGAAAGUGGCCCCCACCAAGGGCAAGAUCUACUCGACUGCGAUGUUCCCGUACCCCUCGGGCAUUCUCCAUAUGGGCCAUCUUAGGGUGUACACUAUAGCCGACGUGCUGGCCAGAUUUUACCGCAUGCAAGGGUACAACGUGAUUAAUCCGAUGGGCUGGGAUGCCUUUGGAUUGCCUGCGGAAAACGCCGCUGUCGACCGCAACGUGAGCCCUGAGAAGUGGACUAAGCUCAACAUCUCGAAAAUGAAGGUCCAGAUGGAAGCCAUGCUGGCCGAUUUCGACUGGGACCGCGAGGUUACCACGUGCGAUCCUGCCUACUACAAGUGGACGCAGAAGCUAUUUUUGCUGAUGUACGAGCACGGCUACGCGUACCGCAAGAAGGCAGAGAUCAAUUGGGACCCUGUGGACCAGACGGUUCUGGCCAACGAGCAGGUCGACUCAGAGGGCCGUUCGUGGCGUUCGGGGGCGGUGGUCGAAAAACGGCUUCUUGAGCAGUGGUUUCUGGGCAUUACGAAAUUUGCCAAGGAGCUGAAUGCCGACCUCGAUACUUUGGACGAGUGGCCGGCUAAGGUCAAGGCCAUGCAGCGCAACUGGAUCGGUGAGAGCACAGGAGCCGAGAUUCGGUUCCAGGUCGGCGAGGAGACCACAUUUGUGUACACGACGCGCGCCGAGACGAUUUUUAGUCUGCAAUAUUUGGCUUUGGCGGCUGACCAUCCUAUUGCUACCAAAAUAAAACAGACGGCACCCGAGCUUGCUGAACAGUACGAUACAGGCGUGAAGCUGCCCUUGGAGGCGACGAAUCCCGUCACCGGCGAAAAGGUGCCUGUAUUUGUUGCGCCGUACGUCAUUUCUGGCUACGGCCACGGAGCAGUGAUGGGAUGUCCUGCGCACGACGCCAGAGACUACGAGUUCUGGAAAAGCAUGGGUGAAACGUCAAUCCGGUCCACUGUUGAGCCGGAAGACAGCUCUUUAGAGGCCAAUGAGCCGUAUUUCGGCGCCAGCGGCGUGAUGAACGCAGACGCCCAGUUUCUGGCAGGUCUGUCUGCUACCACGGCCCGCGAAAAAAUUAUCGAGCAUCUGGAGUCGCACCAGCUCGGCCAAAAACGCACAACCUACAGACUACGCGAUUGGCUGGUCAGCAGGCAGCGGUUCUGGGGCGCUCCGAUCCCGAUAAUUCACUGCGACCGCUGCGGCACGGUCCCGGUUCCAGACGAUCAGCUGCCUGUGCUGUUGCCCAAGGUCGACAAGCUUCUAGGCCGUGGCGGGUCGCCGCUCGCGCAAAUCCCGGAAUUUGUCAACGUGGAGUGUCCCUCGUGCGGAGGUGCUGCCCGCCGCGACACAGACACCAUGGACACCUUCAUGGACUCGUCGUGGUAUCUGUUCCGGUACCUGGAUCCGCAUAACGAGCAGCAGUUGAUGGAUCCCAAGGUGGUGAGUCCGCUGCUGAGCGUGGACCAGUACCUGGGCGGCAUUGAGCACGCCAUAUUGCACCUGCUAUAUGUGCGGUUUGUGAGCAAGUUCCUGAACACAAUCGGCUAUUGGGAUGGCAGCGCUGUGAACGGAGAGCCGAUCAAAAAACUUGUGAGCCAGGGAAUGGUCCACGGGCGGACUUUCACGGAGCCAGAGACGGGCCGUUUCCUGAAGCCGGAUGAGUACGAGAUAAUGUCCGACGGUAGGGCCGUGAUGAAGGAGACUGGCAGGACAGCGGCCGUGUCGUUUGAAAAAAUGUCCAAGUCGAAACAUAACGGCGCCGAUCCAUCGGACUGUAUAGCCCGCCAUGGAGCAGACGCUACCAGAGCUCACGUGCUGUUCCAGGCGCCAAUCGAGGACGUUUUGAACUGGGACGAGGACAAGAUUGUUGGUAUUGAAAGAUGGCUGGCCAAGGUGUUGACCAUUGCCGGUGGUUUGCGUGAACGUUUGAAAGAGCCGGUGCAACCAAAACCAACAGAUCUGUACACCAAGUCCGAGAUUUCUGUCCACAACGAGUGUCAGCAGCUUCUGCAUUCUAUCACGGACUCUUUGAGCAAAUCGCUGUCGCUGAAUACAGUGAUCUCAGAUUACAUGAAGUACACUAACAAGAUCUACAGCGAGCUGAACAACAAGGACGUUUCCACGGCUGUGCUUUACGUUUCCUAUCUGGACCUUCUGAAAGCGCUGAGCCCUGUCGCACCCAGUGUGAGCGAGGAGGCAAACGAGGUGCUUCAUCCAUGGCCGGUUGAAUCUGUUUUGACGGCCGAUUGGCCGGAAAUCAGGCCUCUUAUUGCUGCUACCGUUCCGUACACUGUGAUGGUGAACGGCAGAAUGAGGUUUGUCUACCACGGCCCGGAGAAUUUGAUAGAGGACCGGGAAAGGUGCAUCUCCCAGAUCUUGACCACUCCGGAAGGAGAAAAAUGGAUUGGAACGAAAAAUAUCAAAAAGGUCAUUCUCAAACCUAAAACGGUGGUUUUCAUCGUGGAGAAAUAA